GCAGGGCAAAAGCGCGUGCGCGGGCACACGUAACAAAAUGCCUUUAUUUGCAUCAUUUCUAUAUAUCUUUUCUAUUGCGACUUAACUCACUGAAGAAUCCAUAUGGAUGACAAGUUUCCGAAGAUGGAAAUCUCCAAGCAAAGGGAAUUUCCAACUUGCUUUAAAGAAACGGCUAUGGGAUCAAAGAUUUUAGGGCAUCCAAUCAUUAGAGGGUCUCAGACUCUCACUGCUUCUCAUCAAAUUCUUGUGCCAAGGGGGAUGGAUUCAAUUUCAUCAAUAGCAUCAUCUGAAAAGCUUCUUUCAAUUUCAGAUUCAAUGUCGUCAACAGAAGAGCUAACCGGGGCAAGUUUCACUAGUUUUCUCCCUCGAAGGGCCGCUGAUCAAGAGGAAAUCACCGAAGUUCAACAGAAUUCUGAAUUCAAUCCCAUCUGUACUCCAAAUGCUUCAACCUCAGGAACCGGAGAAAGUUUCAUUCCUCUAAAUCUAUUGGAAACACUGCCAGCAUUACCAAGAGCAGGCGCAUCUGAUGAGACAGCUUCUCCAGCUUCUUCCAAUGCUACAUCUAGAUUUCCAUAUGUGACAUUGUUUCGGCAGGAGAACUCCAUGUUAUUUUCAUCAUCUUCAGAGGUCACUGAGCCACUAGACAGGCUCAAAAAUUGUGAAUCUCAGCCAACAAUUUCAGACACUUCAUUUUCUGUGCCCCAGUGUCAUGCAAUCCAGAAUCAAGCAGGUACGGAUCCACUGAAAAUGAAUCAGAAUCUUAAAAACUUCCGAUCCAGGUCUUUUAAUGACUAUUGCAUGAGCACCACCAAGACUCAGCCUAUGAAGUAUGCUGGACGUGGGAAGCUGUUUAAAGGGGUGAGGCAAAGACACUGGGGAAAAUGGGUUGCAGAGAUUAGGUUACCAAGGAACCGAACGAGGGUUUGGCUAGGGACAUUUGACACGGCCGAAGAUGCAGCCAUGGCUUAUGACACAGCUGCAUACAUACUUCGUGGAGAAUAUGCUCAACUGAACUUUCCACAUCUAAAGCAUCAUAUUAAGGCCAAUUCUUUGAAUGGAACAACAGCUGCCCUACUGGAGGCAAAGCUUCAAGCCAUAUCACAAGGAAUUUCUUCUCAAAGAGUGGCCCCUGAUCCCCUGCCAGGAUCAUUGGAUAAGAGCCUAGUUGAGAAUGCCAAAUUCAACGGUAAAAAUAAAAAUCAGAAUCCACCUAAAAAUGAAUGGCAGUUUGAGAUAGAGACCAAGGUUGGAGAUGGUACAAUCGAGAGAAGCAAAAAUAAUCAUCAAGAGAUAUCUGACAUGGAGGCUAUUCAGUUAAGUAGAAUGCCCUCCUUAGACAUGGACAUCAUUUGGGAUUCCCUUUUAGUCUCCGAUUCAUGACCAAUUUCAGUUUUCAUUUCAAAAGCUUAUAGGGUCUAUGUGUUGUUCAUAAACUGCAUUCCUCGCUUGCUCAUUCUGCAUUUUACAUAUCACAGCACACCACCCCGGUAUACUAAAUCUCCUGGAUCCUGAUUCUGCUAUCUUGAAAUUUCAAAGUUGAAUUGAUAUUGAUGCUCUUGGUCCAGGCUUCUUACCUCGUUC